AGGCCAUUGAAUGUACACUGCCUUACAUGGGCAAUUUUCAGCGCUCAGGGUGUCUCUGCCGGCUGGAAUUUCGAACUGUGACGUCACUGCCUGCAGCUCUCCCAGAAAUCAGGGAAAAAGAAGUUUCACUUUUUGUGGGAUUUGAAACUCAUUGAUUCUUAGAAAGCGAGAACUCUUCCUCGGUGUUUUCCCGAGUACGAGGCCACGCAACCCAAGGCGGAAGUGAGUUGCCAAACAGUGCUCUUAUGAGCAUAGGAUCCCUCCAGAGGAGACGAGAGGAAUCGAGGGCUCUUUUUUUUGCCAGUGUGUGCCCAGACCCACAGAGACAACCGGUGUCCAGUCAGGCGGUGACGUGCUGCCCCUCGUCAGUUGAAGCGUAAUUCGGUACCAUGUGGAGCCCUCCCAACAGCGACGGCGAGCAGCUGGGCCAGGUGACCGCCCGGAUGGAGGCCACGCCGGCCUUCGGCAUGCCCAGCAUCUCCGUGUCCCAGCAGCAGGCGCCCAAGAAGUUCGCCCCGAUGGUCGCCCCCAAACCCAAGUUCAACCCCUACAAGCAGCUGGGAGAGACGGCCAACUCGGGGGGUGGCGGUGAAUUUCCACCUCCUCCACCCCCAGUAGAUGAUGUGAGUGGGGACUUCCCGCUUCCCCCUCCGCCCAAUGAUGGGGCAUCGUUCAAUGUGCAGAUGAGAGGUCCAGAGAAGACCCUGGAGGAGAGACGCUCCAGCCUGGACGCUGAGAUCGACUCUCUCACCAGCAUCCUGGCCGACCUGGAGAACAGCUCGCCCUACAAGCCUCGACCCCAGCAGCAGAACUAUGGCACCAAUCCCAGUUCCUCCACGCCGGUCACGAGCCACAAGCGCAUGAUCAUCCCCAACCAGCCACCGCUGACCGCCACCAAGAAAUCCACGGCCAAGCCGGGAGGCUCCCAGCCCCCGUCCGCUUCCAACACCCUGGUCAGGUCUCAGCCGCAGACCGCGCCCCAGCCCCAGUCCCCACCCCAGCCCCGGUCCGCACCCCAGCCCCAGUUCACGCCCCAGCCCCAGCCUCAGCCCCAGUUCACGCCCCAGCCCCAGUUCUCGCCCCAGCCCCAGUUCUCGCCCCAGCCUCAGCCCGUCCCGGCCUCCUACACCACCGCCUCCACCCCCAGUCGCCCCACCUUCAACGUCCAGGCGAAGAGUGCGCAGCCCAGUCCACAGUACCUGCCCCCUGGACCCCAGCAGCCCUCCCGCUACCCCGCCCCAACGCAAUACAUGACCGCCCAGCCUCGUGGCCCCGACUUUGCCUACGGGCCUCCCCAGCCCGGGUACGCCCCCCCACCCCAGAGAGGGUACCCAGACCAACACUACCCUGGAAUGGGAGGUCCUGCAUAUGCGACCCAGAACACCUGGAGACCGGAGCCCAGCCCCCCUGCCCACAUUGGACAAGAGUAUCAGCCUCCCGGCCCCAAGAAGACCUACAUCACUGAUCCCCCGCCCGCCUUGGCUCCGCCCAUGGCUCAGUAUGGCUCCAGUCCUGUGGCUGCACCAAAGGGUGUCCCUCCCAGCGGUGGCCUUGAGGAUGAGUUGGAGCGCCUGACCAAGAACUUGCUCUACGACAUGGACAACCCCCCCUCUGAUGAGUACUUUGGCCGCUGCUCCUCCUGUGGGGAGAACGUGGUGGGAGAGGGCACCGGCUGCACCGCCAUGGACCAGGUCUUCCACGUGAACUGCUUCACCUGCACCACCUGUGGCAGCAAACUGCGCGGGAAGCCCUUCUACGCCAUGGAGAAGAAGGCCUACUGCGAGCCCUGCUACGUGAACACCCUGGAGUCCUGCAGUGUGUGUGCUCAGCCCAUAAUGGAGCGCAUCCUGAGAGCCACGGGGAAGGCCUAUCACCCGCACUGCUUCAGCUGCGUGGUGUGUCACCGCAGCCUGGACGGAAUCCCCUUCACCGUGGACGCAGCCAAUCAGAUCCACUGCAUCGAGGACUUCCACAAGAAGUUCGCCCCGCGCUGCUCGGUGUGUAAGGAGCCCAUCAUGCCCGCCCCGGGACAGGAGGAGACGGUGCGCAUCGUGGCGCUGGACCGGGACUUCCACGUGCAGUGCUACCGCUGUGAGGACUGUGGCUCCCCUCUCUCAGAGGGGGACAACCAGGGCUGCUACCCUCUGGACAGCCAUGUUCUCUGCAAGAACUGCAACACCCUCCGCAUUCAGGCUCUGACCGCCAAGGCCACCACUGACCUCUGAGGGCGUCCUCUCUCACCCUCACCACACACACACACACACACACACACACGCACACACACACGCACAUACACACACACAUGCACGCAUACACACACGCACACACUCACACAAUCACACCAGCACUGCUCCAUAUGCCCAGCACACUCUCAGUUCCACAUGCCCAGCACACUCUCUCACACUCAUUGGUACUCUCAAAGCAAAACACACACGGACACGCACGUACAGAAAUACAAACACAAUGUUCUUCUAUUGGUGAGAUUUUUGGUUUUGUUAGUAGCUUGACUUGACUACCUAGUGUCUUCUAAAUAGUCACUUCCUGUGCCAUCUGCAUAGCCCACUGUGCCUAUUGUAGUGUACUGAGCUCCAGUGAUGUGGCUACACAAUUGGAGCCAAAAUGGCUGCCUUCCUAACUGUAUGUAUGGCAUUUUGUCCUCUCUGGUUAACUAAACAAUGUAUGACAUUACAUAAUCAAUAGUCACUACUCUACACUGGGAGUGACAGAACUCUUUUCAAUCUAACCGCAGUGCACUUUUCUCGUAAGUCUUUAACUUUAACUUUAUUGUUAAAUUAAUUUAAGCAGCCUGUUGUUUCCCAUUCUUACACAACAGUUAUUAGUGCAGCAGUCAUUGCAAUGAUUGGAAAAUGAACAUUGGAUGACAACUGAAUAAAAAUUGCUUGAAUGUUGUCAUCCUAAAUAAAGAAGAGAACACAAUGUGGUUAGAUUGAAUUUGGGCUUUAUUUUUUUUGUUUUUAUUUCGGUUGAAAAGGGACCCUGCACUUUGAUUUUCGAUGUUUCAGAAGUGCCUUUUAAAAUAACAAUUAUUAUGUUUAUCAUCUAUAAUAUGUUUACUGUUUCUUUAUUUGGUUAAACUCAUACAAAAAUUUUAUAUUUAUAUGUAUCUGUAUAAUUGCUUUACACAAAGGGCUUUGAAUAAAAUGAAAAUAGACGGAGUAAUAAGAAAUAAGGUACUCUCUUCCCUGGCAGCAAUUUAUGUUCCAUUAUGCAAUUUAAUUUUAUGGAAAUAUAUUAAUAGGCAUAUGUGAAAUGAGGAAAAUGUUAACAUUGUUAAAAUAAGUAAUAUAAAUUUAGGAUGAAGCUUUAAGCAAUUUAUAUAUGUGUAAUAACAUUGCGGCAAAUAUGUAACUAAAAAUCUUUUUUAAAGUAUCAGAUAUGGGGUAUAACUAUGUAUUGCUGUUUUACAUCAUGACAUUUACUGUCUGAAUAAUACUAGUCCUGUAGUGCAUAACAUAAUUAACAUAAUUUCUUACGCUUAUACAUGUGUAAUUACAGUGGUAAAUUGUUUAGUAUUGACCUAUAUGAACCAUUAAUAUUCCCAAUAUUACCAUUGAUAAUACGCAUUUGGAAUUCAAAGUUAAGGAUACAAUACAUGUUGUAAUUUUCAUGACAAUACAAUUAAUAUUUAUCUGUUUUAAGGGUUUAUUGAUAUAUUUAUAGAUUGUUUAUAGCAUAGGGUAGUAUUAUGAAUUCUGUUGGCUUUUGUGUUGAGUGAAGUCCCCUGUGCUGACCUUGUAUACGACUUUCAUAAAGAGCAGUGCUAAUGUAGCAGCAUUUCUUUCUCUGGAGAGAAUCAGGCAAUGAGAUUAUGAAAGGUUACCGCAAGUUUUCUACGCAGUUGGACUGUAUCCAGUUUUGGCUUCUUCUUCGAGGUUCCUUUGAAAAAAAUAUUUUCUUGUUCUUGUAGGUAUUCCGAUAUACAGUAGUCAAUGCAGACGUGGCAAUAAUAAUGUGUCCAUAGAAAUUCCCAAAGACACGCCAAAGAUUAUACUUGAAAAGUCUUUCGAAUAUGUAUAUAUGCAAUUCUCACCAUAUGAGUUAAGGGCAUGUAUACAGUUGUGUGUAUAUUGCAGUCAUAGAGCAUUGGUAGCUAUGAUUAGCUGCUCAUUUACAUCUGUAUGGAUGUUGAACAUAUUUUUAGAGCAACUGUCAAAUCUGUGGAAUCAAGUGGAAGCUGCAGUAUAAGGCAACAUAUUCUGAAAAACAUUUGAAUCUUGGGACGGAGUUUGAAUUGCUUUAGACUGCUUUUGAGCUCACACGUUUUUAUUCCAUUGCUUUUGUGUCUUUUUGCCAUUCCUUAGGACACUCUUUUCUUUUUUUCAGUUAAAAUGUAUGAUUAGUUGUCAUCACACCAUGUGGUGAAAUUAGGGGGAAAAUGCCUUUUAGCAUACAGCACACCGCUGUUUGAUUAUCAUUUGAGUUGUCAUCCUUGUAGAUGACCAGUAAAUAGAACAGAUACCGACAGUAUUUUAAAGGUGAAAUAGAUUCCUUAUAGUGUCUCUUUCUCCCGUCCCAUGCCAUUUGGAUAAUUAGGCCUCCCAAGAGUGAGCCGACCACCGAGACUGUCCGUAGCUCUGAUAUAGAUAGUAAUCAGUAUAUCAGCCUUUAUUUCCUCAAUAGAGGUGUGAGCAUUUGUCACUGAAAGCAACCAAGGGUAAUUACAUUUAUUUCCCCUGAUGGCUCUGUAGUAAGUUAUGAAUGCUUUUUUCAGAUAUGCUUUUAAAAAUGUUAUUUCUAAUUGUUUUUCAAAGAUGUUGGCAUUCAGUAUGCAAUUUUACAAUCAAUCGCAUUGACACUUUAUUAGAAUGCUAUGCAGAUCUCAUUUUGUCUACGGAAGUACGUAUUCCAUACAGAUCAAAGUGCACAUUUAGAUUUUUCAUUUCAUUUCAUUGUGCCAGUUCAAUGAAUAAUAUUAUCCAGUACUAAAACAUGUUACUUUAUAAGGAUUGGCCUUUUGGUUUGCAUUUUAGAAGAGACAUGUUUUCACUACCCUGGCCCUAAGGUGCUUAACAAAGUUUCUUCCAAAAAAAAAAUGUAAUUCACUUUCAUUUAUUAACAAUUUUAUUUGCAUAACUGGUCAUAAUUGUAGUUAUGUAAACUUAUGUUGAUGCUACUGUAUGAAUCAGAUCCAAUGAGAUGGAUAGCUUGUAAAAGUGGAUACUGUAGGCGCCUACAGAUUUGCUGCAGAGGGAGGACUGUAGUGCAGCUAUUGAGUAGUAUGACUCUCCUAUUCUCCUAUCACACCCUUCCUGUGGUUCGGACUCGUCCUGCGUAGAGCUGGGUGAUCAUACCUGUAUUUGAGAGGGGAGUGCUGCCACUGUGGUGUCCCCAGCCGGUCCAGCAGCCUUGUUACAGCUAGCUGAGACCUCACAGACAGACUUGCAGUACUGCGCUUAAGAAGGCCUUUCACCCAGUCCAAACAGUCCACUGUGUACUCACCACACACGCCCAACAGCUAAUCCCAUGCACUGUAAGGUCUGUCAUUUCCUCUGAAGUGCCGUCCAUGUGUUGGUAGAAAUGUGAUGCACCCUGCAACUUUGUUUUGCCAAUGUAAACAACUCAUUGUGCCACAUGCUAAUAUGAAGGUCCAUGGCAGAUCCUUCAUAUUGACUAUGCUUUUCCUUAAGGUUGUUCAGACCACACAGAAUUGACUAUGCAAAACUGAACAUGAUUACAUGUAAUACACACAGACUAUACUGCUUAGCAUUCCUCCCACAUCCUUUAUUAUUUGAUCUGGCAUUUCUUGAACGUCUAAAAUCAAGUCAUUGGGACAUAUUCAUCGAUUGAAUUGAUUUUGUUUACAUUUAUACUAUGGUUUGCAAUAUUUCGGCUGCAGCACAUACACAUACAAAAGGUUUUCUUAUUAAUUUAAAUGUGAUAGCCAGGUAUAAAAAGAGAUUAUGCAAUGUUCUUGUUAUAUAACCAUAGUAUUAUAUGUUAGUUGUGUAUCUACCUUGCUUUGUUGUAUGUUACUUGUGAAAUGUUAUAAAGGUAUUACAGUAAGGCUGCCAAAUAGCAGUGUCCCUUUAGUCCUAAAAGAUGCAUCAGUGGAUAAUGUGGUCCCUGUUUACUCACUGUGAGUCGCAGAGAAUAUGUUUAGUUCCUAUUGGGCAGCAGUUGGCUGCGCAGUUCAGUGUUAUGCAUCAGGCCCUGACAGCCAUUUGCUGUAUAAGGCAGAGUAAGAGGAAGUAUAUGUGCCACCUCCAUGUCGCUAGAGCUCACUCAUUUAACACAGAACAUUAUUUCAAUACGGCGUGAUGUUGCACCAAUGAGGGUUAAAUGUGAAAUGCUGGUUUGGAUUUAAUCUACAUAAUCCAUAUAGCAGUUCCCUUUAGGUUUGGGACACAUGUUUAUUGAAUCCAGGACGGGCUUUGGUGGUUCACUUGUGACAUAAUAAUUAUUGAGAAGAUAUGUACAAUCGGUUUAUUGUGUGGACUCCAGCAAGCACCUAUCAAAAUUAUGAAGUUAAGGAGCUGUUGGCACUUUCUUUUCUUUCUCUUGUGUCACUGUUGCCUUUGAUUCUCAAUUUAGCAUUGAUCAACAGGUAAUAGACCUAUGCAUUUUUUGGUUCAUAAUCAUCUUUAGUUAUCUGCCGUCCUACGUCCAUUGUUCUUUGUGUUUGAGGGGACACAGACCAUUAAUGCCCUUGUCAUGAAUCCCUAAAAACAGUGAAGCCUUUCUAUGAUCUCUUUUAUGAGGAUACGAACACUUAACCAAGCCCUCGAUGUUCUGUGACCAUUGAUAAUGAGGCAUUUUGUGAGCGACCCAGAUGCUACUGAGCACGCUGUCAGAGCUGAGAGAAACGGGGUUCCGGAUCAGCUCCACCAAGUAUUUUCUGUACCAUUCGUGACGAGUGCUGGUCAGAUCUGGCUUGGCAUGAGGUCGUGGGAUGUUUAUCUAACGCCGAAGAUAAGCAUUACAGACUUCCGAACAAUUCCGGCCACUGUAGACCUUCCAAAGUGAAAAUAAUCUUGCUGGAGAAGAUGUGUCUCUCAGACUCUUUUGCCUAUAUUUCAAGGCUGAGCUGUCUUAGAUUGGGGAGUCUGUUGCUUUCUGGUGCUGGUUUUCUGACCAGCACUUGACGCACACUGAACAAUUUUUAAAAUCAAAUCCUGAAGGUUAUGCGUCAGGGAUAUUGUUUUGUAACUGUUCAAUUUAUUUUUUGUUUUUUUGUUUUUUUUAUUUUAUUUUAUUUUAUUUUUUCUCCCUGUAGUAAAUAAAAAAAGCUUUAGAGGA